AGUCAGAUGAACUCAGUCAGAUGAACUCACAACUGAAGGAAAGGUGAAAUAUCCAAACCUGAAGAACGAGAGCGAACUGAACCAUCAGUGAACACUCAAGCCAGUAAGGAGCGCAAUAAUGGCUCAUAUCAAGUCUGAGCUGAGUGAUGAGUUUAAUCAACUCAUAACUGAGAUGAACAUGGAGUGGACGAAUGAAUUCCCUACAACGCAUAUGGAACUGUUCAGGGAGAUGAUGCAUAUUGAGCCUGUUGAGCCAGAGCUCCAGGAAGAAAUGUAUAGCCAGGAACAGGAUACCAGUGAAGAACUGGAAGACCUAAUAAGGCAAAUCAGGAUGGAUACUAUUGUCAAUACUACUAUUGACAAUGAUGUCAAUGAAAUUUUGUCUCCUGAGUCUGCCCACCUACACACCAACCCCCAGGCAGACACACAUGGCCAGGAACAGUACAAUAAUGUUCCACUGAUGCUGCCUGAAGGCCUCCACUGUAUUGGCAUAUGGAAUGGACAGCCAGUGUAUGCUUUUCCAGAGAGUCUCACCUGUCCUGUCUCUGCUCCUCAACCAAACACCUCCAACUCAAAAAAGAGAAAGCGUGAGAGCACGCAGGAGGAUGAUGCGGCUGAGUACAUCAAGAAGCCCCCAAAUGCCUUCAUGAUUUAUAUGAAGGAGCAGAGAGCAAAUGUGGAGGCCGAGCUCAACACCAGAGGGAGUGCAGCCGUCAACACUGUCCUGGGACAGAGGUGGAAGUCACUGACUAAAGAGGAGCAGGACAAAUAUUACGAACAGGCCCAAAACUUAAAGGAGAUCCAUGUCCAGCAACACCCAGAAUGGAGCAAUAAAAAUAACUAUGGCAAAAAGAAGAAGAAGAUCAGAGGGAAGAGAAAUGUCCCCAAGGCUGAAGAGUCUGCUUCCAGACCUGAGACACAGACGGAUGAGGUCCCGUCUUGCUCCUGGAUGCACUGAGUGCUUCUCUUCUUUUUCUUCUCUCUCUCUCUCUCUCUCUCUCUCUCUCUCUCUCUGCUCUCCAGUCUUGAAGUUUCUCUGCUGUGUUCAUGCAUGACAUCCACCAUCUGUGUGUCUCUCUCUCCCCCCCCUGCAUCCGCCUUCUCUCUACCCUCACCUCACCCCCCCUGGCCUGUCCUUAUUGAUGACUUUGUGGAGUUUGCAUGGCCACACAUCUGGACCAAAAGCACGGCAGUUUAAAGGUCAGCUCUCGCAGGAGGAAUGUUUAAGGACCACGGGAAAUUUGAGGACCUAAUUUUGCAAAGAAUCCUGGCCAGAAAGGCUUGGAUUUAGAAAUGGCAGUUGCAGGGAGUCACGUGACCAUCGCGAGGGAUGUAGACGCUUCGCUUCGUCGCUCCGCAGAACCCCCCAAUAUUUAAGCAUUAUUUACAUAUCCAACGCUACUUUUUGCGCUCUCGGUUAACUUUUUCUGUUUUCUGGAAGUUUUGUGCACAUUGAGAUGCCAAAUUUGAGGGGACAGACAAACAGGCAGCCACCAACACCUUGUCCAGCCGAUAGCGUGGCAGCUAGCUCGAAACAAGCGACAAACAAACAGCCAGCUACAUCUCCUUCAGCCGUCAGCGUGGCGACAACAGCAAGUUCGAAUAAAACAACAAAUGCCGACAAUGUGGCGAUGGCAGCAGGUUUGGAAAAAACAACAACCUCUUCAGCCGACAACGAGGAGCUCGCCGUGCUAGUUAAGCAAGCAGUGGCAGAAGCUAUCAAAGAGGCCAUCCCCACACUCGUGGAAGACGUGGUGUCUCAGCUGACUGACAAGACACAGGCUUUGGUGGAUGCACAGGUCGCGGUAUUCCGUGGCGAGAUGGUUGCCAUACGGGCUGAGAUUUCUAAGUGUGUGGAUUAUAUGGAGAAGGACGAGAACCGUGUGGAGGAGGUGGACAGUCGGCUCUCUUCAUCGGUGAGCAAAUUGGCAGAAAAACAUGCACAGCUGGAGGAUAAAAUUGCCGACAUGGAAGACAGGUUGCGCAGAGACAAUAUACGUGUGCACGGAGUCCCUGAAAACGCAGAGACACUGAAUGUUCUUGUUUUCCUGACGGACGCCAUACCACGGUGGUUUCCUAACCUGGGACCUGUUGAAAUUAUGCGCGCGCACCGUCUAGGUGCUCCGAAGGAAGACGCAAAUGGCAAACCUGUGUCUCGCACCAUUAUCUUCAAGCUACUGCGCUUCACUGACAGAGAUAGGAUCCUGAAAGCGGCGCGCGGUGCGGCAGUGGAGAUGGAGGGAAGACCCAUCCGCUUCACCCCGGACUACAGCCCGCACACAUUCAGACGCAGGCUGGCCUUCUCCGAGGCAAUGGACGCUCUGCAGAAACUGAACUUUCGCACUUUUCUCCUCUAUCCUGCAAAACUUAAGGUGAUGCGAGGAGGAGUGAGCCACUUUUUCAACACCCCAAGGGAAGUAAAAGGUUUCAUUAACUCCCUCGGUGAAUAGUUUCACUAAACAGGUGCACCACAAAAGAUCAAUUUCUAAGGACACUUGGAACCUCUUACUAGACUUCAGCACAAUGAUUACAGACGACAUGUGGAAGUACGAUGAGGAAGGAGCAUGGCCUGUCCUUAUUGAUGACUUUGUGGAGUUUGCACAGCCACACAUCGGGACCAAAAGCACAGCAGUUUAAUGGUCAGCUCUCGCAGGAGGAACAUCCAUGUGAGGUUCCUACAAAACAAGAGAGCGCAGUGAGCAGAGGACAAACGGACGGCACUGAGCGGAGAACUAUGUUGCUGGUUCAACCCUCAGGACUCCCUCCUGCACCUGCCCUCUCUCUGUCCUCACCUCACCUCAACCCAACCACCCCACCCUACCCCACCCUACCGCACCCUGCCCUACCCCACCGUA